AUGACUCCUAGUACAUCUCGAUACAACAACAAGGAAGUCAUUCAAGUCGAAGAUGAUGACGAAGAUGAAAUUGUCAUCUGCAGAAGUAGCGCCAAAAAAGAAACCAAAAAUUCCAGGCGCUCAUCGAGGAUCAAAACACGAGAAGAAAUAGAGGAAGAAAAAGAAAAGAAAAUUGAAGAAUUACAGAACAAACUGAGGAAAACGCCAAAAGAGAAAAGAAAACCAGUCAUUGAUGAAGAUUCCGAAAGUGAGAAAGAGUCGAACAAUCAGAAGGAUCCGCAAGUUAAUGGUAAAGAUAGUGGGAGUAGUGAUGAUGAACAAAUAGUAAUAUCGCGCAGUGCUUCCAAGAGAACUCCAAGUAGACGAAUUUCAAAGUUAGAAAACAAGAAAGUCGAAAAACAGGAAUUGAUUAACACCACCCUUGGGAAAACUCCGACAAGCGCUGAAAAACGUCCUAAAAACGUCAUUGAUUCUGACGAUAGCGAUGAAGAUACACAUAGAAAUUCGAGUAGUAAGAAAAAGAAACGACCCAUUGUUGAUGAUGCAUCACAAGAUGCAAGUUUAGUUACGGUUCCUAGUUCUGCUAGCAAAUCAAAAUCUAAGCAUGAUAAAAACGACAGCAAAUGUUAUGAAAGUUCAGAUAGUGAACUUCUGGUUUUGGAAGAUAGUGACGUGGACGAACUGGGAUCCGAGUCAGACGCCCCUGGUCUACCUGAAGAUGAUGUUGAGGAUGAAAGUGAAAAUGCUGAUUGGAGGAAAGCACUGCACCAAGUCAUGGAUUCGGAUAUGCGAAUGAAGAGAAACUCGGAGACCCAGACAUCGGCAUUUCUGAAGGUGAUCUACCUCUACCUCAACGCGGCCUCUUUCCCGGGAAAAGGUUAUCCUUUGCAUGUUACAGACUCUUUCAAACUAUAUCCGCCGGAAUCGGGACCCAAUUUGCGCAAAUGUCUUCAAACAGUGACGGAUAGAGUGAACGCAAUGUUGGGAAAGUUCUCCAGGGCUACCUCUUGGCAAACUAAUUUUCAGUUUUUGGUUGACCGCUGCUCUGAGAUAUCCAUGGGGUACACCCAAGACAGAAUGACAUGUGAGGCGUGCGGUCGCAGCAACACUGUGAGCAGUCAAUCUAUUGAGUUCAAAGGGACCGCCUAUGACCGGAAGACAUACACAUUGCAGAAAAUAAGCAGUUUGAGUUACAAGGGACCCAUCUGUUUCUGUGUUGGCUCACAUUGCGUUGUUAGGAUUGAAAUGUACCACAUGUUACGGCACUACUUGUUCUGUGUGUUUCUACAGUGUAAAAGGUAUGCGGAGAAAAAUCUUCUGUUGGACCAUAGGCGCAUCAGAAGAAAGAGUACAGAUAUAGAGAGAGAUCUGAAACGGAUAGCCUCGGAAGGCAAUGAGUGGGCGUUAGAUUUGUGUGAAAUGUUCGCAAGGGACAUGAACAGAGCUGCUAAUCAACGGAAAGGACUUGACUGGAGUUUCGAAAGAUGA